CGUCAGUCCCAGUUCCUUUCUUGUCGUCGUCACACGUGGAUGAAUCUAAAUCAAAACGCAUCGUUCUGUUGCUUACGCAAGCACAAAAGCUCAGAGAGAGACCGAUUCGAUUCCGUCUCUGACUAAACCUCUCUCUCUCUCUCUCUGUCUCUCCUUCGUCGCAAAGCUUAAUGAAAUCGACAAUAUUAUUCAGUCUGCUGAUGUAAUAUCUUCCCACCAGAGCUCAAGUGGUACUGGUGGAGGUUUCAAGCAUCUCUUGUGUAUGUAAUGAUUCGAUUGAAAGAUCCUAUCUUUUGACUCAAAUGAAUGAUCUUGUUAUCAAUCAUUGACGAAAUGGAACACCCUUUUGCUUCUAGAGACAAAGGUUUUGGUUAUCAAGACAUUCCAACAGAACAACAAAUGGAUGUCUUAAGCUUUGGUUCUGCUGAUAUGCUUAACUCAUCGGAGCUUAUGAACUUCGACUCUUUCUCUACUUGGUUCAAUACCCCUUCCCCUACUGAUCUCUUGUUCUCUCAAUACGGUCUAUCCACCUUUGGAGCUACCACUUCAUCUCAUCCACCUGAGCCGAGAGCUGGUCUAACUCGUUCCUUCCAUGAUUUGGAAAGAUCUUCAGUACAACAAAUGAGCUCUCAGUUUCAUUGCUCAUUAGAUAUCAACGAGUUAAGCGGUAAACGACGCAGGGUUGUUAACCAGACUAUCCCCAGGUCUUUAAGCCAUUCGUUAGAUGAGAAGAUGCUCAAGGCACUAAGCCUUUUCAUAGAGUCCUCAUCAGGUUUAGGAGAAGGCAUCUUAGCGCAAAUCUGGACUCCUAUCAAAGCAGGAGACCAGUUCAUUCUCAGCACCUGCGACCAAGCCUACUUGCUUGACCCGAGGCUUUCUAACUACCGUGAGGUCUCAAGGAAAUUCACUUUUGCUUCCAAACCAAAUCAAUGUUCUUCUUCUCCUGGUCUCCCUGGACGAGUGUUUAUCUCCGGAGUGCGCGAGUGGACAUCAAACGUGAGGUAUUACAAGAGGGACGAGUAUCUGCGUAUGAAGCAUGCGGUAGAUAACGAAGUCCGUGGCUCCAUUGCGAUACCUAUCCUUGAAGAAGCGUCUGGGACGUCUUGCUGCGCUGUCAUGGAGCUCGUCACAUCCAAGGAGAAACAUGAUUUUGAUGUGGAGAUGGAGUCUGUUUGCCGUGCUCUUCAGGCUGUAAACUUAAGGACAUCAGAGAUCCCUCGUCCUCAGUACCUUUCAAGUAAUCAAAGAGAGGCCUUAGCUGAAAUAAAAGAUGUUCUGCGAGCAGUAUGUCAUGCGCACAAGCUGCCUUUAGCUCUAGCCUGGCUUCCUUGUAGUAAUGGACCAAACUCAUUAGUUCUUUGCGUGGAGGAGACAGCUUGUUAUGUGAAUGAUAUGGAGAUGGAAGGCUUUGUGCAAGCAUGUUUGGAGCAUUGUCUGAGAGAGAAGGAAGGAAUCGUUGGCAAAGCUUUUGUAUCAAACCAGCCGUCCUUUGCUUCUGAUGUGAAGGUGUAUGACAUCGGCGAGUACCCUCUUGUUCAUCAUGCUCGAAAGUACGGUUUGAAUGCUGCUGUUGCUAUAAAGCUGAGGAGCACUUACACCGGUGAAGAUGAUUACAUACUUGAACUUUUCUUGCCGAUAAGUAUGAAAGGAAGCUUGGAGCAACAGCUUCUAUUGGAUAGCCUUUCGGGUACAUUGCAGAGAAUUUGUCGAACUCUGAGAACUGUUUCAGAUGUGGGGGCAACUAAAAGGAGUGGAGAGAUAUCUACAUGUUCAAGAAACCUUCAGACAAUAGUAUUAGAUUGUGAACUUAACGCUAACUCCUCUGAUAAAGACAACAGUAGUACAGGAUCACAAGCCACUUUUGAGCAGGAUAUGAGCAAAGCUAGAACGCCAGAGAAGAAGAAAAGCACAACAGAGAAGAAUGUGACCUUAAGUGUUCUCCAACAACAUUUUUCUGGGAGUCUAAAGGAUGCUGCAAAGAGCCUUGGUGGUGAGGUUUUCACAUUAUCUCAGGCAUUGAUGCAUUUCUAUUUACCAGAUAAAGUUUCUAAUGGUCUUGACUUUGGAUCUAAUCUUGUUGCAGUUUGUCCCACAACACUAAAACGGAUAUGCAGACAACAUGGGAUCAUGAGGUGGCCGUCUCGUAAGAUUAACAAAGUGAACAGGUCAUUAAGGAAAAUACAGACGGUGCUUGACUCUGUCCAGGGUGUAGAAGGAGGACUGAGGUUUGACUCAGCGAGGGGCGAGUUCGUUGCAGCUGGCCCUACCCCAAAAGGUCCAUCUUCUAAUGGUAACAAUGCAUGUGAAGAUACCUCCUUUGAGCUCUUGAAAGCUAAAUCAGUCGACAAUGCAGUUAAGUUAGAGGAUGACAUCAUCACAAACGAUUCAUUCAUGGAUGCUAGUGGUCAACAAUGGGAUUGGAUGGCUGAACAGUCUGGCUUCAAUGGAAAGUUAAGCUCUCCGGUUACAGAUGGCAUGGAAACAACAAUUCGAUCCAUGUCAGAUUCAUCAAAUAGCUCAGGCGCAGUUGUGUUGGGAAGCUCAUCUACUUCCAUGGAUGAUAGGAACCAAACGAGAACCCAAGGCGAAAGUGGGUCAACAACGCUCACUGUAAAGGCUACUUAUAGAGAAGACACAAUACGUUUCAAGUUUGAGUCAUCUGCUGGGUGUUCUCAGCUCUACAAAGAAGUUAGUAAACGGUUUAAACUGCAAGAAGGGUCGUUUCAACUAAAGUACUUAGAUGAUGAAGAAGAAUGGGUUUUGAUGGUUACUGAUGCUGAUCUCCAAGAAUGCUUAGAGAUAUUAUAUGGUAUGGGAAAACACACGGUGAAGUUCCUCGUUAGAGAUUUGCCUGCUCCUAUAGGUAGUUCUGGUGGUAGCAACGGUUACUUAGGCACAUGCUUAUAAUAUCUACUGCUCACUUAUGCUUUCCCCUGUGAAAAAAUCUUCAUAUAUUAGUUUGCUUGUAAAGAAAGGCAUGAUGGAGAAAGACAAUUUUGAUACUGUAUAUGUUUAUUGUCUUAUAUAAAUCAGAAAAUAAAAAGUUGGAUGUCUAA